ACGCGGCGGAAGGGAAGUGGAAGAUGGCCGCCGAGCCGGGCGGCGGGCGCCUCUGGCCUUACCGGCGUUACCGGCCGCUGCUCGCCGCUUUUACCGCCGCGCUGCUGCUGGGCUGCGGCCGCACCGCCGGCCUUUCUCCCGCCUCUUCCUCGUCCUGUCAGCACCGCGUGCCCGGCAGCGAGGAGGUUGUCUAUCAAGUUCCUCUGAAGGAAAAUCACGUCUUGAAGAGAAAUGUGGAUCAACAGCUAAGAAUUAAGAUUAUAUACGACAGAAGCGUUGAGGAUUUGCUACCUGAGAAAAGACACCUUAUAAAGAACAAACUUUUUCCACAAGCUAUAUCUUAUUUGGAGAAGACGUUUCAAGUGCGCAAAUCCAUGGGUACUAUAUUACUAAGCAGGCAGUGUGCAACAAACCAAUACUUAAGGAGGAAAGCUGACCCUUACAGAUACUGCCGAGCAGCCUGCGCAGGCCAUACAAGAUGUGGGCCGGUUAUAGUUCCUGAGAAACACCUCCAGCAAUGCAGGGUGUGCAAUGGCAGUGAAUGGCUCUGUGGACCCACUGGCUUACCUGACCAAGAAGGGGUUCGAGAUGCUGACUUUGUACUUUACGUUAGUGCUCUCACUACUGAAAGGUGUGGCCAUGAAAAUAUCAUUGCAUAUGCAGCCUACUGCCAACUGGAAGCUGAAAUGGACAGGCCAAUAGCAGGGUAUGCUAACUUGUGUCCAAAUAUGAUUUCAACGCAAGCUCAGGAAUUCAUUGGCAUGUUGUCUACAGUGAAACAUGAGAUCAUCCAUGCACUGGGUUUCUCUGCUGGACUGUUUGCGUUUUAUCGUGACGAUGAUGGAAAACCUUUGACAACAAGAUAUGCAGAUGGACUCCCUCCUUUUAAUGAAAGUCUAGGUUUGUAUCAGUGGAGCAAUAAAGUCGUUCAUAAAGCAGUGAGGUUAUGGGACGUACGUGGUGGCAAAAUGCUGCGCCAUGCUGUUCAUCUUCUGAUAACACCUCGUGUAGUUGAAGAAGCUCGAAAACAUUUUAAUUGUCCAAUUCUAGAGGGAAUGGAGCUUGAAAAUCAAGGUGGCAUGGGUACUGAGCUCAAUCACUGGGAGAAGAGAUUGUUGGAGAAUGAAGCAAUGACUGGAUCCCAUACACAGAAUCGAGUCUUUUCCAGGAUCACUUUAGCAUUGAUGGAAGACACAGGCUGGUAUAAAGCAAAUUACAGCAUGGCAGAGAAAUUAGAUUGGGGACGCAAUAAAGGCUGUGACUUUGUAAUGAAGAGCUGUAAAUUCUGGAUCGACCAAAAGAGACAAAAGAGGCAAUUAAUCAGUCCAUACUGCGACACUUUGAGGAGUAAUCCUUUGCAGUUAACCUGCAGACAGGACCAAAGAGCAGUAGCAGUGUGCAACUUGCAGAAGUUUCCAAAGCAGUUACCUCAGGAAUAUCAGUAUUUUGACAAUCUUAAUGGAGUACCAGCAGAAGAAUUGCCUUAUUACGGUGGCUCAGUAGAAAUUGCUGACUAUUGUCCCUUUAGUCAAGAAUUCAGUUGGCAUUUAAGUGGUGAAUUUCAACGCAGCUCGGACUGUAGAAUAAUUGAAAACCAACCAGAUCCUACCAAAAACUAUGGUGCAGAGAAAUAUGGACCAAACUCUGUAUGUCUUAUUCAGAAAUCUGCUUUUGUCAUGGAACAGUGCAGGAGGAAACUCAGUUACCCUGACUGGGGUAGUGGAUGUUAUCAAGUUUCUUGUUCUCCACAAGGGCUGCAUGUUUGGGUCAAGGACACUGCAUACUUGUGCAGCCGCUCAGGUCAGGUAUUAACUGUGAGCAUUCAGAUGAAUGGUUGGAUGCAUGUUGGGAAUCUGAUUUGCCCAGCCUGUUUGGACUUCUGUGACUCCUGUCCCCCGGAGCGGGAUCCUCCAGCUUCUAACUUAACAAGAGCUGCACCAAUUGACUUAUGCUCCUGCUCAUCUAGCCUGGUUGUAACCCUUUGGCUAUUGAUGGCUAACUUAAUUCCCCUGCUAACAGGAUUAUUUCUCUGCGCAUAGAGUUAAGCACGGGGCAAGAAGAUGUUCCAGAAUGAUGUACCAUCAUGUUGCACUCCUUAUUGUGGAGCGUUGAGUUUUUUGUCUCUGCAGGCAGCUGUCUUCUGCUGAACCUCAUCUCUCCUGGCAAGUAUCGGUGCAGACAGUAGUCGGGGAGGUACUGACAAAAGCAGUUUGAGAGGAGGAAUAUUUACCUUGUCAUCUCAAUAAGUGCCAGUAUUUUCCUGAAUUGCAACCUUUGAUUUUUCUGACGCAGUAACAAGAUCCACUAUGGCAACUGUGUUAGACUACCUGGCAACUUGGUCAAGAUUUGAAAUGAGAACUCUUCUGUAAUAGAACUGAAGGUUGUGUUUUAUGUUAUGUCUUCUGCGUGACUGGUAGCAAAGCAUCCUCAAACUGGAAAUAUACCUCAGUGGUUUAGUCAAAAGCCAUGUAAAAAUCAGUUGUCAUUACUGCUCAUAACGCAGGCCUAAACAGGUGUGGGAAUUUUUUUGUUUGUUUUGUCAAUUCUUACAAUUUAUGGGGGGAAGAAAUAAUUGAAUGGGAUAGACCAGUGGUUGGCAGUUGUCUCCACAACUGGAUUCUGCAGCUUGGAGGCUUCUCAGAAGUCAUACUAGUUUGUGGUAAAGGGGCUAAUUCUUGGGGUUUGCUUAAACCUUCCUAUGUGCACAAAGUGGAAUUUCACACUGGUGACCAAAACAACUGUCUAGAAAUCCCAUUCUCAUUUAGCAUGUGCCAGUUCUACUGUGAAAAUUAAUACAUCAAAUGUUUGAAUAUUCUCAGAGCAAUUUGCUAGGCAAAUGCAUUUCAGUACUGAUACCCAGUCUGUAAAAUUGCGAUAGGUUUUCUGAUUAUUUUUAAUUUUGUUGGUUUGUUUCUUAAAUAAUGGCAUUAUUUUUUUUUAAAUAGUAUGAACCUAAAUGCAGCUGUUCUUACUUUUUGUUGAAGGGCAAACCAGUAGCGAUGACAGCUUGCAGGACCAUAUUGACUUCUCUAGACCAAAAACUAUAUUGAAUGUGUAAAGAAAAGUCUAAUCUUAGUCCAAAUACUAUGGAUUAUUUGAGUAUUUGUAAUAAGUUAGAGAAUCAGACAUUUUGAACCACAUGAGGGCACACCUUGGUACAAAAUUAAUCACUUGAUGGACAAGACAUGAGGAAGAAAAUGAGCAAAAUUUGUCUUGCUAAGGACAGCUGCUCUAUAGGACACUUGUAAGGAUGUUUUUAUUUGUUUCUGACUAUAUAAUGUGUUACAAAUAAUCCUUUUUGGAGUAAAAGAAACUUUUAUGUGGUCCAUUCCAUUGUCUGUCUGGUUAGGAUAGUUUUCAUUCCUGGAAAAGUAUUAAACUUGAGGGAGCAGGUGUGCCCAGUGCACUAAAAAAAUACAAAUAUAGGGAGAAAGAUGAUGUUACUCUGCUUCUUAAGUGUGCUGUGAUGUUAGAAUUGUCAGUGACUAGAUCCCUUGCUAAAAUGAAAGGUAGGAGGAUGGAAGGGGUAUGGAGUAAAAUUUAUUUAGCUACAAUUAAACUUGUUUAAUAAUAGGACUUCUAUUGUAAUUGUAAGAAAAUCUUUGUGCCUACUGGACUUGUUUUAUUUUAAUUUAAAGAAACUCUUAUGACACUGCUGAGGUAAAUGAGCUGCAACCUAAAACCGUCUGAAGGCAUCACAGUUGAGAGAAUACCUUGCACUGGGCUAGUUCCCCUUCUUAACUGCAGGUUAAGUUUGCUUUGAAUUAUACAAGGCCUAGGCUAGCCUUAAACAGGUGUUUCUGAGAAGCAAUACAAAUUAGGAAUCAAAUGCUUGAAAUGUGUACAAGUUUGAAUUAAGAAACACUCAGAUUAGUAAGUGAACGCUGAUUAUUUUAAUAUAUGCACAGUCAACAGUAGGUGUAAAUUUAUUCCUGAAAACAUAAAGGUUUGAGAAUACAUCUUGGGUCCCAGAGGUUGAUAUUGUAUUUUGUCUGUUGUGCAAUAAUACAGUUUAAAUGGUAUCACUCAACAACAAUGCUUUUGAUACUUGAAAAGAAAUCUUUCUUACUGUGAGAUAUUUGCACUGUCUGAACUUUCUGGUUAACUUUAUAACUGUCAAACUUUUUUACUGGUGUUAAUUUAUUGUGCUUGGUAUUUGAUAUGCUAGUCUCCUGUCUGUGUAAGUGUGAAAUUUGUCAUAUUUAAGUGAAUAUUUUUAUCUUCUACACAGUUGUUUAUCUUGAGGGCUUUUCUUCUUUUAUUCUCUCUUCCUGAGAAUUAACUGAAAGAUGGCUUAAAAAGUCAAUGCUUACCUACUUUUGAAUUGUAUGCAUUAAUUAAAGAAAGAGGCUGUAUUGCAUUGUACCUACAGGGAAAAAUCUGUCUGCCUGUCAGAGCUCUUGUGGUCAGAUUCACGGGUACCUGCUGAGUAGCUGCAUCAGUGAAUCCAGUGAAGUAAAACUAUUACUGCCUUAAUAAUCUGAGAUUUCAGUCGUAAUUUCUUUGAUGUGCAGCCCUUCAACUGGCUGUGAACUGCAGAACUGGACGUGACUUUGGGGAGUUGCGGGGGGGAAGGUACUUUAGUAGGCAAAAUCCAACAUGUUGUAUCCUGUCAGUGCGUUAGCAGCUGUAGCUGUAUUGGAAUGGCCAAGAAAUGUGUCAAGUUCAAUUUAAAGUGAGAAUGAAUUGGUGACUGUCAAAAAGAAUAUUUGAGUAAAACUGACUACCUCAGUUCUGUUUGUCUUUGACUUUAGCUUCUAGCCUGCUGUGAACUUCCAAAUCUUAAGAUGAAUUAAGUAAAAACAUGUCUCAGGUUUUUAAGAGCAAAAUAAAUACAGUAGGAAGCAUAAGCCAUUUCUGAGUGUACAAUACAGCUAAAAUUGUAGCUUAAACCAAUCAGUUACGUAGCCUUAAGUGUAGUUUCCUGCGUAAAAGUUGGUAUUGGUUUUAAACAAGUACAAAGUUUGCAGGCAGCUACUUUAGGUGUCCUGACCAUAUUGUGGCAAGUCCAUCCUAUUGCAUCUUUUACAUGUGAAAAUUUUGAAGUAUAGCCCAAAUAAGCCUUUGUUUUCACCAGAGUAGACCAGCAGGAGCCCUGGAAAUAGUGCAAAGAGAUAAAUGAGUUAGCUUGUCUGUAGCAGAAACAUUUUCAGUAUAUCAUGUCCGCAUGAUAUACUUAAUUUUUUAAAUUAAGCAUGUUUGCUUAUGGAAGUAAGUUAGUCUUGUGGUCUUUUUUUUACCCCGGUAGUUCAAAUCUAUAGCAUUUCAAUUAGCAGUUGAGGCAAGUCAUACUUCAGGAAUACAUUUUUCUAGUGUUUCAAAUAAUUAUAAGGAGGAAGGAUAGCUUUUGGCUGGAGUAUGCAGCAAGUAGAAUUACCCUGAAAAGUAGGAAAUUCAUUCCUCUUGAAAUGAGUUGAGGUCUUGGGAGACUGUCAUGGCCUUGGAUGUAGGUUAAUUACCAAAAGAGAAUUUUGACCCCCAUUAAUUGACUGUCAGUCCAAUGCAACUCAUUCUUUCUGCUGAGCACUAGUAAAUUAGGAAGACUGAUGUCAUUUAAGAGCUGACAUAUCCACAAUCCCUUACAAGGGAAAUUUGUUUUUAAAUCUUCCUGUCCUGCAAAUCUUUCUGCUUGAAUAUAUUUCAGUAGAGAGGGAGGCAUAUGUCCUUUCUUUCCCACAUUUCCUCGGAGUGACUUUCAGCCAGCUGAGCAGGUCAAGUCUUUCCCCUGCAAGAUUUAACAACCAGCUUUUGCUUGGCCGAAUGUGUCGCUCUUCAGGAUUUGGGUCUAUUUGUACAUUAAAUAAUGUGAACUUACACUACCAGACUUCCAAAGUGUGAAUGUUGCCUUUUUAAUGUGAACCUUACCUUGGAGAUAAAACAACUGUUUUGAGAGAACUGGCCGACCUUGAACAUGUGUUUCCUAUUUUGGUACGGAAUGUAAAUAUAGAACAAACUAUUUUACAUAGAGUUCAACUGGAUUGAGAUAUAAGGGCUAAUUUUUGUUAUUUAUGGAGUAAAAAUUUCCUUAUUUUACUGUGUAAAAAGUAUGUUAUACAAAAGAAGAAAAAAUUGUUCAUCAAUAAAAUGUCUAUAGAAAAUUGA